AUGUGUGCGUGUGUGUGCGUGUGUUUGAGUGUGUGUAUGUGCGUAGUACAAAAUACGUACUGCAAUACAGACAGAAUCUAUUCAUACUAGUUUUGGAAUUUCUGGGGAUGCAGCCGCCCACGUGGCAGCCUCUCAGCCACUAGUGCAUGAAUUUUGCCUUCAAUGACUGCAGACUUCUGAAACUGCUUUUGUGAUAUGGGGUGCAGUUCUUUUACAAUCUUUCUUUCUUGGAUUAAUGUAGUCACUAUGUUGAUGGUGUUGUUGAUAAAACUUUGUGCAUUAGAGAGAGAGAAAGAGAGAGAAACAGUGGUUUGAUCCAACUGCAAUGAAUUGAGGAUUAAAAAGGUUGUGUUUGAAAAAUAUGGUUCUCUAUUUCGGAUAUCCAGGUCACGAAAGCAAUUUACGGGUUAUUCCUGAAAUCCAGGAUGUAUAGUUACAGAGGUUGCUGAUGACAAAUACAAAUGACGAGGACGUUGAUCUAGGACUUGCUUUGGGUUUGACAAAUUACAGUGAAGAGACAUGGUUGGAUGGUAGCAGGUGCAGGUGGAAAUGCAACCUCAAGUAUCAAGAUGGCGUUUGCAGCAUAUGAUCCUCUAUCUGAAUUAGUUUGGUCGCCACGCAACGGUUUGAGCCUCAAAUGUGCAGAUUCAAGCAUGCCUGACAACAUGUGGGAUGCAGGACCAAGAGUAAAGGAUCUUUCGAUGUCAGAGAGUAUGAGAUCCAAGGAGAAUGGGGAUAAUGAAGCUGUCGAUGAUAAGUUAAAUGCAAUUCAUGGACAGUGUGAUGGCGGGAGCAAACGCAAAAUGGAAGAAGAUGCUGGAAGGAGCGAUGCAAAUAAGGUGGAAAAGGGCGAGGACAAUGGAGAGGAGGAUUUGUCGAGUUCACGUAAUGUCCAAAUUGCUGAUAUUGCAGAAAGCAGCAAGAAACAUUCUGAGCAGGAUAAUUUAGCAGAAGGGACAGUUGACGGUAAAAUCGACAAGGCCAUGAACAGGGGAUUCUCUGGUAAGCUUAGCAGAAGAACUCGCUGCAAGAGUCAUCGUUUGGAAUUCAACACUAGUAGCAGUGAUAUAAUGCGCUUAGCCGUUCCCCUUCGUUCGGAGCCUCUUGCUUGUUCCCUUCCAAAUUUGCAAGCCCGAGAGGAAUCAGAUGAGGAAGUAACAUCGGCUUCUGGAGACGUGAACAAGAAUAAAACCAGGAUCCCUGUUUCUAUAUCUGGUCGCCAUUUUCUGAAAACGAAGUCGUCAGCUGAAAAUGACUCGUGCCGUCUCGCUGAGGCAGCUCACAUUUUACACGAAGCAAGGCCUCUGGGGGAGAGCUCUCUUCCUGUUGUCAGAUCUCCUACGAAUAGCAGGAUUGAUUUGUAUCAGGACAAGGGGAAAGAGAAAGCACUAUCUGAUGGAGGUAUCUAUGACUAUGGGAGAUCAUCAAAUGAUGGGGAUGACAGCAAUGAGAGCGUGGAAAGUUGUAACAGCACUGGAUUAUUCUCGAAACCCGUAAAAAGACAUAGUUAUGAUCAAGAACAGCUUGUUGGGAGCAAAAGGAUGAAAAAGCAAGUACAAGAAUGUCAUGAUUCUACAUCCAUUGCCAGACAUGAUAGCUCUUUUACAAAUUGGAUAUCGAACAUGGUAAAGUGUCUCUCAGAUUCUAGUAAAGAAGGGUCUUUUCCACUUGCUCUUUCCAAUGAUGAUUUUGGCAGUUAUCAUCAGGACAAGAAGAAACAUGAUUGUGAGAGCCCAAGUAUGGGGUUCGAAACUAUGUUUCAGUCCUUGUAUUGUCGAAACGCAAAGAUGUCUAACUCUGUAGUGCAGAAGGAUCAUUCUUCCACAGAAGAGUCUAAAGAACUUAUGGUGGCUGGUAAGAAGUCGAUCGAGAAUCUUCCACAAUCAUGUGACGGAAACAAUGAUAACUCUUGCAAGCAGAUUAUUUUAUCUGAAAAAGAAGUAAGUCAACAUAUAUCAAGAAACAGUAAGCCGUGGAUCUUCUCUGCAGAUUUUGCUUGCACUUCAUAUGCUUGUGGUACGAGCUCAGCGGAAAAUAAAGCUACAGACGUCGUGCUGAAUAGCACUGCAGAGCAUAGAUGUCUUAACACCCCACUGGCGAAUUGUAUGCCUGAAAAAAGUAAUCCUCCUGCCAGCUUGUGGAUUACUCGCCUUUAUACAAAAACAUCUACUUUAGAAAACUGCAACCAGAUUACUCAAGAAGCUGGUGCUUGCUCUAUGGCACCCCCAAAGGCUAAACUUAGUAGUCGGAUAACUAAUGUUUUCUCUAUUGAUCAGAAGACUUCUGAGGCUAGGGGCAAUUCCUCUGACGACCAUGUUCAUGCUUCUGGACGAGAGAUGCAGAGAAUUGCAGCUACAUCUGAUUCAUCGUUUGAUCUUAAGCCCAUUAAUAAACUGAGUCCUGUCCAACUUUCUCCAGAACUUAGAAGUUCAGAGGCAAUGACGUCUGUGUUUGCAAAGCGAUUGGAUGCCAUCAAGCACAUUAAACAUCCAUCGGAAAAAAGAAAAUCUUCAACUUCCACCCUGACAUGUUUUUUUUGUGGCCAAAGUGACCAUGAUUUGCGUAAAUGCCCCGAGUUAACUGAUACUGAGCUCAACGAUCUCCUAGUAAAGAUUAGUUCAUUUGAUAGGGUGCCAGAAUCUCCUUGUUUAUGCAUCAGAUGCUUUCAGUCCGGUCACUGGGCGAUUUCUUGUCCCUUGGUGUCAUCACAUAGGCAUAUACAAUCAGAACGGAAUGGUGGUGUCAUUAGUCGGUACAAUGCUUGCUAUCUGCAGCUUUGUGCUGACAAUGAGACGAGCCAUCCUGGCAGAGAAAAUGAUGAUAAUAAGCAAGUUGCUGCUCGUGUCAUGGCUUGCAGCAGUAGCAAACCAUGCCUGGAUUCUUCAAAUGAAUAUCAAAAGAGUACGGCACUGAAUUCAGAAAAUGAUUUGAAAGACAAACAGAACUCUUCACCAUGUAAUUUCAUUAAUGCACGGAGUGCAGCUGUUCCGGAGGAGAUAUUUCAUGCGAUAAGGAAACUGCAGAUGUCUCGUGCUGAUAUUCUGAGAUGGAUGAGUUCCAACAUCUCUUUGCCGCAUUUAAAUGGUUUUUUCCUGCGUUUGCGGCUUGCACAGUGGGAAGCAGGAUUAGGUGGGACAGGUUACUAUGUUGCUCGCAUAACAGAUGGAUCAAUAGGGGAUACGGCAGCGACUAUUCACUGCACGUCCAAGAACUCUAUCUUUGUAGACGUUGGAGGGAUCAAAUCGUCAGUAGGGAGUCAGUACGUGUCCAACCAUGACUUUCUGGAGGACGAGAUCAAGGCAUGGUGGAUCAGAAUAGUGAACAACGGUGGCCAGAUGCCUUCUUUACAUGAGUUGAACUCGAAACUCAUUGACAGAAAACGUCUAGGUUUUUAGUUUUAUUCGUCUUCUUUCCAUCGCACACGCAACACUCAUGCGUAUGUCUAGCUUGUGCAGGCACAUUGCCAGAAGCACCGUAUGAGGUAUGCUCUUCCCUUUCGUUCCGACAACGAAAUUUUGAGAUAAAAACAGAGUCUGUUAUGUUAUUGAUUCUUUUGUCCAGAAUGGCAUGGACAUGAGUGGUAUUCAUGUGCAUAGUUUUGUUGAGUAAUAAUGGUUACAACUUAGGGAUGGUAAGAAUUCUCGAUGAUGACCGCUGAUGUUGAUGAAGCUGUUUUUGUCUUUACUUCUGGACAGCA